AUGAAGAUCAGGAAGGGGAAAGUCAAAACGAAUGAGAGGGACUACAGUUAUGGGGGGGGAUUCGAAAGCUACGUGUACUCCAAAGAGGUGAGCAAUGAUGUGAAAAGCUCGCUAAUCGAGGGAGAAAAACUCUCCAACAAAUUUCGAAACAGAGGACUGACCAGGGACAAAAGGGCAACUGUGAACACCGUGCUGGAUAAUAGAACGCUACUUAUUUUAAAAAAGCUCAAAGAUAAUAUGCUGAACGAGAUAUAUGGAGUGGUCAGUUCGGGGAAGGAGGCCUACGUCUUCAAUUCGCAUAAGUACCUGAGUGAGGAGGAGCUCCGGGGGGUGAAGCAGCUGCUGCUCAGGCGUAGGGGGCGCGACGGGCAGGAUAGCGGUGAGCAGGAUAGCGGUGAGCAGGAUAGCGAUGGGCAGCAUAGUGAUGAUCAGAAUGGGGGUGAUCAUCAUAGUGAAGAUCAUCAUAGCGAUGAUCAACAUAGCGAUAAUCAACAUAGUGACGAUCUACAUAGUUCCGAUCUACAUAGGGCCGAUCGACAUAGUGACGACCUCCCUGGCGGGGGAGGCGCGCGCAGGCGCGUCCGCUUCGCGCACGAGAGCCUGUACAAGGUGUACCACCUGAGCAGGCACUUCGAUGAAGAGGGGGCGCAAAAAAGGGAGGAAGGGGAGGAAGUGGAAGAAGUGGAAGAAGGGGAGGAAAGGGAGGAAGUGGAAAAAGGGGAGGAAAUGGAAGAAGCACAGGAUGCGAAGGAUGCGAAGAACGCGGAGGGGAGCGCGCUAGACGAGACCUACGACAUAAUCGACAGAAUGGGCGAAGUGGCCCCCGAGGCGGACGAACCCAACUGGGACCCUUUCCAAAACAAGAAGGUGGCCAUCUCCUUCGCAACGAAGGUGUACAACACAUCUGUGCUGGUGUUUAAGAAAAGGUCCCAGUACAUCGAAGGAGAGUUCCGCUUCAGAAACGCCUACACCAAAAAUACCAACCCAAGGAAAAUGGUCAAACAGUGGUCAGAAAAAGAGUUCCGGAAUUUAAGGCGAAUAUUAAUAUGUGGGUUGAGAUGUCCCUAUCCUUUGGUCCUAAAAAGUAACGUCAUUGUGAUGAGUAUGUUAGGUAGCCUAGACAGUGCUUGCCCCAAAAUGAAGGACCUUAUUUUGAGUCCCUUAAAAUGGAAGGAGCUAUACAUUGAAUGUAUAUGCAUUUUGAGACAACUGUUUUGCAGCUGUAAACUUGUUCAUGCAGAUUUUUCAGAAUAUAAUUUGCUUUACUUUUAUAACCACAUCUACAUCAUCGAUGUGUCUCAGUCCAUGGAGCACGACCACCCCUACUCCCUGGAGUUCCUAAAGAGAGACUGCGUAAACAUCACCAAUUUUUUUAAGAAGAAAAUUGGAACCCUUCAAAAUGAUAUGCACGAGAGUGUGGGUCAGUUGAACGGCAUGCUGCACGGGGCAAAGAUUGACCAGGAGGUCUCCAUAAAGAGUACAAGUGGGGGGAGGGGUGAAAGCGCUUCGGAAAUAACGAAUGGUGUGAAUGAUACCAACUGUGAGAAUGGCCCCGCGCAGGAGAAUGGCCAAAACCCAGGGGACUGCAAACCGAGCGAAUCCUUCUACAGCCACGUGCAAAUUCUGCCACUCAAAAAGCUGUUCGAUUACAUCGUUUCGUCCAGCCUACCCCAAGACGUUACCUACUUCCUAGAAAGGGACAAAAAGGAAAUACACAUGGACCCCUCAGAAAUUACCUACCUUCAAAUUUUUGGCCUAAUAAAAAACACCACCCCAAUACCCAAGCUGAAUUUAAGGAAUAUAAAAAAAAAUAGAACAUAUUUUGAAAAGCUAAAAAGAGCCACGGCCUAUUAUGUAACAAAAUUUUCUGUACAGAAUCAGUCCCACAUAAAGAAGCAUGCCGAUAGGAGCCAAGUGGAAGAACAGAUCUUCCUAAGUUCGUGGAUCCCAUCACAUUUGAACGAAAUAAAAGAUAUCAGGACAAUUGAAAAGGAUCUGAAGCUUUUGAAGAAAGGAAAAUCCAUGGUCAGCAAUUUUAUUUCGAAUAAUUAUCACACGGAGCGUUCUAAGCAUGCCCCAAAAAAUAACACCUCCGUGGAGCAUAACAGUUUGGAAGGAGAGAGUCAUUCUGAUGCAGCCACUGGGGCGAAGAACCACAUAACAAACGGUGAUUGCACAGUAGAUACGCAAAAGGAAGAAAUAGCUGAAAGUUUUACCAAGACGUAUGCACAGAAGGAAGAUUCAAAUGAUGGGGACAACGGGGGGGACCCUUUCGAACAGGGUAAGGAGACAUAUAAAAACGGUGAACACGAAGGAGUGGGUGAGUUAAGCGAGAACAGGUCUCCCAAGUCGCUUGGAAAAGUGGCACCUUCGAAUAAUCUACCCGAUGCACACAAAUCAAACGCAGCCAAUGACGAAAACAAUUUUGUGAACAGCGAACAGGAGGAGGAAGUCAAGUUUAAGGGAAUAAUUCCCGAGGGGGUAACGAGAAAGGAGUGGAGCAAAUUAGUGAAAGAACAAAACAGAGAGAAAAGAAAGCACAAAAUUCCAAAGUACCAGAAAAAAAAGAAGAAAAAGAAAGCCCACUUGAAAAAAAAAUGA